AUGACCCACCGCGCCGCGCUGCUCCGCUCGGCGCUGUGCCUGACCACGGCCAAGCCGCGGCCGUCGCCCACGCUCUUCUGCUUCCCGGGGCUCGAGUCCGUGCCGUGGCACGACACCAGCAAGUUCGAGUGGGUCAAGCACCUCGAGGCCAACCGCGAGACCAUCGCCAGCGAGUACCUGGCGCUCAAGCGGCAGCGCGAGGCGCUGGCCAAGACGGAGCAGACCGCCAGCGACUACAAGGUCUACGACAAGGAGCACCAGCUGCACCAGGGCCAGUGGGACUGGCUGUCGUACGUGACGCAGGGCCGGCGCCAAGCGGACUUCGCCAGCAUCCCUGGCUUCAUGGCGGGGCUGCCGUUCACCUACUCGUUCUUCUCCGUUCUCAAGCCAGAGUCGAGUAUCAAGGCUCACUCGGCUCCGUGCAACAUUCGCCUGCGUUGCCACUUCCCGUUGUUUGUGCCUGAAGGCUGCGGCAUUCGGGUGGGUGACGAGACGCGGCAGUGGGAAGAGGGCAAGGCACUCGUGCUGGAUGACGCGUUCGACCACGAGGUGUGGCACAAUGGGAAGGAAGGAGACCGUGUGCUGCUGCUGUUUGACUUCUGGCAUCCCGAUCUGGUCCAGGGAGAGCGCGAAGCUAUCACUGAAAUGUUCAAGGAAGCCAAGGAGAAGGGCUGGCUCAAGGACUACGAGUAAAUAGACUGACGCAGUGGCGACACGCGAUAACGUUUAGCAUUUCC